AUCGAUCGAAAUGAGAUUUGAUCAAGCAAAGAAAGGGUUAUUACACUUAAAAGAUUUAUACGAUCAAUGGGAUCUUCGCGGUUUCAUCAUCCUAAGUCUCUGUCUUCAAAUCGUCCUAAUCAUCGCAGCUCCUCUCCGAAAACGAACCUCCAACAACUACAUCAAUGUCCCCAUUUGGAUCGCAUAUCUCCUAGCCGAUUAUAUAGCCAAUUACUCCGUCGGUCUAAUCGCCAAAACUCAAUCACAACGUCUCGAACCCACCACCACCACCACCGGACCUAUCCAAAACCCAAAUCUCCUCGCCUUUUGGGCACCCUUUCUCCUCCUCCACCUCGCCGGCCCAGACACCAUCACCGCCUACGCUCUCCAAGACAACGAGCUCUGGCUACGUCACUUUUUCCAACUCAUUUUCCAAACCGCCGCCGCCGGUUACGUUUUCGUUCUCACUUUAGCAUCCGGUAAUCUCCUCUGGCCUCCGACUCUCCUCAUGUUCGUUACUGGAUUCAUCAAGUACACAGAACGCACACGGUCGCUUUACUUCGCUAGCGUUCGGCGAUUUCGUGAAUCUCUCCUCCAUGAUCCUAACCCAGGUCCUGAUUUCGCGAAACUCAUGGAUGUUUACUUCACAAUGAAACAAGCGAAUCUCCCGAGUAAGAUUGAAAUGAUUCUUGAGCCUCAGAAGGUGGCGGUGAACAAAUUAGAUAUGAUUGGAAAUCAGAAACCAAUGGAGGAUCUCGAGAUUAUUCGAAAGGCAUAUGGGUUUUUCUUAACGUUCAGAGGUUUACUAUCCGAUCUCAUAUUCAGCUUCCGCGAGAGAAACCAGAGUCGAAGCUUCUUCCUCCUUAGAACACCCAGAGAAGCGUUCAAGAUUGUGGAGGUAGAACUUAACUUGUUCUACGAAAUUCUUUACACUAAAGUAGUUGUGAUUCAACGCCCAUCUGGAUACGCCACUCGUUUAAUAUCAUUCCUUGCAGCUCUAUCUGCCCUCGUCUUAUUCAUCUUAGAACCCAAAUCAAGUCAACAUUUCCAUCCAUUUGAUGUCGGAUUAACAUACUUACUUCUCGCCGGCACCAUUGUUCUCGAUGUAUUGUCUUUCAUCAUGCUCAUUUACUCCGAUUGGACCGCAGUUGCAGUUACAAAAACCGACAGGCCUAAUUUCAUCAUGAAAUUGAUUAGGAAACUUCUCCUUGUUAAAAGGAAGAGAUGGCCGAAUGAUCUAAUGGAUUCUCCUACUUGGUUUAGUCGUUUUAAGGAUGUCUUGUCAUUUGGAAGGAGAUGGUCGCAAGCCAUUCCUCAGUAUAAUCUAAUAUACUAUUGUUUAAACCAACGAUCAAUGAUUGUAGCCAAUUUAAUCGGGUUCAUUGGUAUUACAAAUCUCCUAGACAGGUUAAAAUACGUGAGAACAAAGCGAUUCAACAAGAGGUUGAGAGACUUCAUAUUUCAUCAGCUGCAGGUGAAAUCGAACAUGGCCGUUGAUCUUGAAACGUCGAAGGAAAUAUACUCGGGUAGAGGCGAUUGGGCACUUCGGUUCGAGGGUUGUGGUCAUCUUCUCAAGUAUAUUAACGGUGUUGAUUAUGACGAGAGCUUGAUAUCGUGGCAUAUAGCGACGGAUCUAUGUUACUACACCGAUAAGGAUGAAGACUUAGUUGAGAACGAGUCCUCACGUGAGAUAUGUAAGUAUUUGUCUAAUUAUAUGUUGUAUCUUCUCAUUAUGCAACCUGCGAUGCUAUCUGGUUUGGCAAGUAUAGGAGAAAUAAGGUAUAGAGAUACUUGUGCGGAGGCAUUGAAGUUCUUUAAAAGCAAGAAGUUAUUGUCGAAGUUGGAGAAGGAGAAGAAGAUUAAAGGAGAUGAGAAUAUUAAGUCGGUUCCAAACCCUACUCAUAUAAAGGCGUGUCACAAUAUUCUUGGGGUGAAUACGGAGGCUAAGCCGGUGACGGUGAAAGGGGAUAGGAGCAAAUCGGUGUUGUUCGAUGCAUGCAUAUUGGCGAAGGAAUUGAAAGAGUUGGAUGGAAGGCGGAAAUGGGAGGUGAUGAGCAAAGUGUGGGUUGAAAUGUUGUGUUAUGGUGCAUGUAAUUGUAGAGCAUAUACUCAUGCUGCCCAAUUGAGCAAAGGUGGGAACUUGAUAACUUUGGUUUGGUUGUUGAUGGUUCAUCUUGGUUUGGGGAAUCAGUUUCAAAUAAGUGAAGGUCAUGCUCGAGCUAAACUUAUUGUUGGUAAAUAGUUAAGUGUACUUCUUUUUUCAUUGAUUAUGUUCUCCAU